UGCCAUUUUCUUUUUACAGCAUUGCCCACAUGUGAAGCCUCUUAUGAACCAUACCCAAAUAUUCUCUUGUCUGUGCACAUAAUGUUAAAGGUUGGAGAAGCUAUUUGUGACUUAAAGGUUGACCUGGAAACAAACAAAACAAAGAAACAACCAGUCUCUAUAGACCAAUUGAGUAUGCAUCCAGGAGAAGCUGAAAUAAGCCCAUUCCUUUGGCACUGUCUUCUCAUUUGGCAGCACAUCAGAAAUAAUAGCACACAUUUGCAUGAUAUUAUCCAGCAUCUCUUUCUCCUAAAGGGACACCUUCAUCAGGAAAACUGGUUGGAUCCACUCCUUGCUUUGUUUAUCUUGAGUGAAGCUGCAAAAAAAGAAAUAUCCUGUUUAAAAGCAUUAAUGGAUCUUGGGGGUGACAUUCUUUCUCAUGUUCCUCAAAAUGAAGUACGGUCCUCAAGUCAUGAACGGCAUUGGGAAAUCAUCUGCAUGUAUGCUAUGGUACUUGCAGAUGUUUGUUUGCAUGGAUCUACAUCGGAUAUCCAAAAAUAUGCUUUCAUUGGCUUCAAAAGUGAAGAUACUUUGAAUGAGUCCAACAAAGAAGCAAGUUUAAAUAGUUUAUUGUUUUAUAAGACUCCAGAUAUAUCAGAUGCCAAAGACUUUUGGAUGAUUUCGUAUUGUGCUGUUUACAAUCUGGUUAAAAUCUGUCAUGAACUUAAGUGGGAUAAAAACAGAGAUGGCCUUAGAUGUGCAAUUUGGAAUGCACUAUACAAACAUAAAAGUACAGAAAAUGAUACCCGAGUCUUCAAUGCUGAAAAGAUUGCCGAGGUUUGUGUUGAAAAGUCAAUUACAUCUGCUUUUACUAAGCUCCUCUGUGGCACUGCAUUUAGAGAAUUCCAUGUCAUUUAA